UCAAGUUCUGUGCGAUGGCUUAAGACCGGACGGCGUUCACCGUCUCUUUCGGUGCGCGUCAAGUAGCAUCAAAUCGUCGAGCAUUCGCAAACGAAGCAGCUCUUCUUGCGCGUUCUUUUCGCGCAAGGGUUAAUACUCCAACGCGAAGGAGUAUCAUAGGUUAAGGUCCGUUUCUUCCGCUGUUGAAUGAGAAAUCGCGUCCACGAUCGUGCGAAAAUGGACAACGUGAUGACAACGCCGAUAACCGCUGAGUGCGCGGAUGCAAUGACCCUGAAUUUCGGCCCAUUCGAGACGGUGCAUCGGUGGCAACGCAUGCCGGAGUGCGCCGAGUUCGUCGGUGCCAGACGCAGUAAGCAUACUAUGGUAGCGUACAACGAUGAUAUUUACGUUUUUGGUGGCGACAAUGGUAAGAGGAUGCUGAAUGAUGUAUUGCGCUUUGAUGUGAAAGAGAAAUCUUGGGGCAGAGCGUUAGCUACUGGCAUACUACCUGCACCACGCUACCACCACUCUGCAGUCAUCCAUGGGUCAUCAAUGUUUGUAUUCGGUGGUUAUACUGGAGAUAUACACUCCAAUUCCAAUCUUAGUAAUAAGAAUGAUUUGUUCGAGUAUUGCUUUCUGACUGGUCAUUGGACACCAUGGAGAUUUGAUGGAAAGGCCCCAGUACCUAGGUCUGCUCAUGGUGCCGCUGUAUAUGAUAACAAAUUAUGGAUAUUUGCGGGCUAUGAUGGCAAUGCUAGGUUGAAUGAUAUGUGGACAAUAUCAUUGUUGCCUGGCGAAAUUAAAACGUGGGAGGAGGUCGUUCAAGUCGGUGAACGUCCACCGACAUGUUGCAAUUUCCCCGUCACAGUAGCUCGAGAAUCAAUGUUCGUUUUCAGCGGACAGAGUGGAGCUAGGACAACUAAUAGUCUCUUCCAGUUUCAUUUUAAGGAAAAGCGGUGGACGCGCAUAUCGACGGAGCACAUAUUGCGUGGCGCACCACCACCACCCGCAAGACGAUACGGUCACACGAUGGUCAGUUUUGAUCGUCAUCUUUAUGUUUUUGGUGGUACGGCUGACUCGGCUUUGUCCAACGAUCUUCAUUGUUACGAUCUCGAUACGCAAACGUGGAAUGUUAUUUUACCGUCCAUAGACAGUCAGGUACCAUCCGGUCGACUUUUCCACGCCGCUGCCGUGAUCGGAGAUGCAAUGUUUAUUUUUGGGGGAACCGUGGACAAUAACAUACGCUCUGCAGAGAUGUACCGCUUCCAGUUCUCAUCUUAUCCCAAAUGUACGUUACACGAUGAUUUCGGCAGGCUGCUGAACUUGAGCCUCUUCUGCGAUGUGGAAUUCAUAGUGGGCGAGCUGGAGACUAAGAUACCGGCGCAUAUAGCCAUGGUGGCGGCGCGUUCGCAAUUUCUUCGGACGCUCAUUCGACAAGCGCUCAAAAAACGAGAUAAACAAAAACUUAUUGAUGUGCCCACUAACGAAUCCUCGCUACUGGAGGUGAAAUUAAAAGACGCUGUACCGGAAGCUUUUAAAAUGGUGCUGAACUAUAUUUAUACAGAUCGUAUCGAUCCUACUAAAAGACUAGAUGACAAGAUUGAGGACCCACAGAGUAAUCGCAUCGUACUUCUUAUGAUAGAUGUCUAUCGCCUCGCCGAGCAGUUCCAUAUGAAACGCUUAGAACAGUUGUGUGUUAAUUAUCUCGAAGCAACUAUAAGCCACACGAAUGUCUUGGAGGCAUUAUGCAACGCCGUACACUUGAAAUUAUACUUCAUAAAGGAUUUUUGUCUCAGUUUCGUCGUGAAAGAAAAUAAUUACAAUCUAAUCGUGAUGAGUCGGGAGUUCGAGACUUUAGAUCAGCCGCUGAUGGUGGAGAUUAUCAGGCGACGGCUAAUGCCGCAAACUAAAACUAUUACGAAGUACGAAUCUGUCACUGGUAGGUAUCAUGCGCGACACACGUUUAUCAGAGUAGUCUCUUAUGAAAUUUACUUGUUAGGAACUAACCUGGAGCAAGACAUGGAAGCAUUUUUAAAGAGCUUCGGUCAGGAAUUUUGUGAUAUCACAUUGGAGUUAAACGGUAGAUCGAUACCGGCGCAUAAGGCCAUCCUCGCGGCACGAUGUGGUUACUUUGAAGGACUGUUUCGAUCCACGCCAGGAAAUAAUACGGCAAACGUACAAAUUGGCGAGACGAUACCGUCAUACGAUUCAUUCUACUCUUUACUGAAAUAUAUUUAUUAUGCGAAUGUCUCGAUGCCUCCAGAGGAUUCUCUAUAUCUGUUUGCUGCAUCGGAAUAUUAUAGUUUCACGAAUAAUCGACUCAAAGUGUUUUGCAAACAAAAUCUCGAAAUGAACGUCACUUUCGAGAAUGUUAUACCGGUUUUAGAGGCAGCUGAGAGGACGCAAAAUAUCGAUAUGAAAAAGUAUGCCCUCAAUCUGAUAGUUCAUCACUUUAGCGAGGUUGCCAGGCUGCCAAAAUUGAGAGAAUUAAGUCGCGAGCUCUUAUUGGAUAUUCUUGAUGCUUUAGCUGAUGAUCGCAGCGAUGCUAGAACGUGUCAAGAUAUGACUACUGAUUGCUGACUACGGAUUUCUAUUUCAGAUCGUCGUCCAUGUAAUUGGGAUUUACCAUCGCCGUGCAGUUUCCAAGAAUUAUGCCGGGUGAAUUUCAUCCUCAUAGGACGAACGGUUCUGUUUGUUGGUAACUGUUAUCUCGAUCACACGGCUAAAUCUUGCCUGACAUCAGACAUACAGACUUUGCUACCAUUGUCGAUUCAGGAUGAGUCAUCCUCAUCGUCAUCAUCCUCAUCAUCCUCAUCAUCGUCAUCGUCAUCAUCCUCAUCAUCA